UUUUUUUGUACUGCGUGGAGUGUCAUCGUACUGAUUGCAGUACACACAAGAAAUUCUGCGGCACUAGUUUUCUUCUAUAAAGAGUGUCCGUCUGGAGAUUGGGACCUGGGGAUGAAUUACUUUAAGAUUUUGAGAAGGAGCAGCCUAAAAGUUUUGAUGGUCUCUGUGAAGUUUUGAGCUUUCCGAGCGUACGAGGAAGAGCGAGAUGUCUGCGAGGGUUUGAGAUUUCGGAGUGUAUGAGGAGCACACAAAGAUGGGAUUUUUUGUUGAACGAAUGAGGAGAUAAAGAGAAAGAAGGCACGCAGGGUUUCAAGCAGUCAAUUUGAGCUCAGCAACAUGGAAGAGUCCAGGGAGAUGCAGGAAAUCGAGAAGAGCCAGGACUUGGAAGAUCAACCCAUGGAAGCAGAGGCAGGGGAAUUCAAGAGGAUUCCUCCAUGGUCGAAGCAAAUUACGCUCCGUGGACUCGUCGCGAGCUUUGCCAUUGGAGUCAUGUACAGUGUGAUCGUGAUGAAGCUAAAUUUAACCACUGGACUCGUCCCCACCCUCAAUGUCUCGGCUGCUCUUCUUGCCUUUGUCUUUCUCAGGACUUGGACGAGGCUGCUCCACAAGAUCGGCAUCGUGGCCACUCCCUUCACCCGGCAAGAGAACACGGUUGUGCAGACCUGUGCCGUUGCUUGCUAUAGUAUUGCUGUUGGAGGUGGAUUUGGAUCUUAUCUUCUGGGUCUUAACAAGAGGACUUAUGAGCAGGCAGGGGUGGACACAGAAGGGAAUGUACCAGGCAGCUAUAAGGAGCCUGGAAUUGGUUGGAUGACAGGGUUUAUGUUUACUGUCAGCUUCGCCGGGCUUCUGGCCCUGGUUCCUUUCAGAAAGAUUAUGAUAAUUGACUAUAAAUUAACAUAUCCAAGUGGAACUGCUACUGCUGUUCUCAUCAAUGGAUUUCAUACACCUCAUGGAGAUAAAAUGGCAAAGAAGCAAGUUCAUGGGUUUGUGAAAUAUUUUGGUCUAAGUUUCCUCUGGAGUUUCUUCCAGUGGUUUUAUUCAGGAGGAGAUAUGUGUGGAUUUUCACAGUUCCCUACCUUUGGGCUGAAAGCUUGGAAACAGACAUUUUUUUUUGAUUUUAGCCUGACAUAUGUUGGGGCUGGAAUGAUUUGUUCUCAUCUCGUGAAUCUUUCUCUCCUCCUCGGAGCGGUGCUUUCAUGGGGUGUGAUGUGGCCACUGAUAAGUGAACUUAAAGGAGAUUGGUACCCUGCGAAUUUACCGGAAAGUAGUAUGAGAAGCUUGCAAGGUUAUAAGGUAUUCAUAUCCAUCGCUCUUAUAUUAGGGGAUGGCCUCUAUAAUUUCUUAAAGAUUCUUGCUUUCAUUGCAAGAAACAUGCAUGCUAGCUCAGAAAACAAGAAACCCAGCAAAGUGGUGGAUCAUGGUACUCAAGUUCUUGACAAUCUCCAGCGUAACGAAGUAUUCACAAGAGAGAGCAUUCCUUUAUGGCUGGCCUAUUCUGGCUAUGCUGUUUUCUCCGUGGUCUCUGUCAUUGCUAUCCCCUUCAUGUUCCCUCAGGUGAAAUGGUACUAUGUCAUCAUAGCUUACAUGCUUGCCCCAGCUCUGGGUUUCUGCAAUGCUUAUGGUGCUGGCCUCACAGAUAUGAACAUGGCCUAUAACUAUGGAAAAGUGGCUCUCUUUAUGCUUGCAGCUUGGGCAGGGAAGGACAAUGGUGUAGUAGCAGGCCUUGUAGCCUGCGGUCUAAUCAAAUCUGUGGUCUCUAUUUCUGCUGAUCUAAUGCAUGACUUUAAGACAGGCCAUCUGACAUUGACAUCACCAAGGUCAAUGCUUCUUAGCCAGGCUAUUGGAACAGCCAUGGGCUGUGUUGUUGCUCCACUGACUUUCUUCCUCUUUUACAAAGCCUUUGAUGUGGGGAAUCCAGAAGGAAUCUGGAAGGCUCCUUAUGCUUUGAUCUACCGGAACAUGGCGAUUCUGGGUGUCCAGGGCUUCUCGGCACUUCCCCACCAUUGCUUGCAGAUUUGUUAUGGUUUCUUUGGCUUUGCAGUGGUGGCCAAUCUAAUGAAAGACAUCUUCCCAUCUAAGUACGGAAAGUGGGUUCCUCUGCCGAUGGCCAUGGCAGUGCCAUUUCUAGUUGGAGCCAACUUUGCAAUCGAUAUGUGUCUUGGAAGCUUGAUAGUGUUUGCAUGGCACAGGCUUAACAGUAACAAGGCUGCUCUAAUGGCGCCCGCGGUUGCCUCUGGUUUGAUUUGUGGGGAUGGGCUGUGGAUCCUACCUUCUUCCUUGCUGGCUCUGGCGCGGGUCAACCCUCCCAUCUGCAUGAAGUUCAUCACUACGUAAUAGAGAAUUGCCCAAUCCAACUGCCUGAAUUAAGUUAUAAAUGUCUAAUGAGAAGAGAGAUACCAUAUUAAAACACUCUCAUCGAAGGACUCUAAUUGCAGAAGAGGGAGAAUAUAACAACAGGGCAGCUGCAUGUAGUGCGAUCAAAAUGCACAUAUUUCACAUAAUUUGGUGAAUGAAGGAACAAAGGAUGUUACCCAAAAAGAAAAAAAAAGGAACAAAGCAAAACUUGUCUGGUUCUAGACAUUUGCCUUGUUGCAUAUGGCAUCUAUGAUGAAGGUCUGCUAUAGCAUUUUAAUGAGUUGAGCAUGGUGAUGUUAUGCUUCAGAUGGAGGUUAACAGCUCUAAGGUAUCUCUCUGUGUUGAUGGUUGCACCUCUCAAGGCAACAUCUUUUACAAAUAGGGUAAUAGCAAAAAUGUAUCUGAAUCUUUUCUCAUAUUUAAAUGCUAUUAUUAGUUGAUAGAAUUAUUGAAUAUGUAUGAGCAGUGCAGUUUUCCCC